UUUGCCAUGUUAACAUAUCUAGUUCAGCCAUCUUUAGGGAGAGGCAGGAUUUGCUGAACACGUGAAAGUUAUAAAAUGAAGGUGUAUUUAGUAGAGUUUAUUAUUUAAAUUGGCUAUAAAUCAGAGUAGUAUGUUAUAGAAUAUAACCGUGUAACUGAAUACGGUUUUCGUGUAAGGGAUUAUGUAUUAUUACGCGACGGCGUAAACGUGUUUCUAUCAGGGCAUAAGUUUAGUCAUACACUUUGUAUCUAAAAUGGACUUGUAGUUAUUCUUUAUUAGUUUUAUCGGACAUUUAAAAGGCUAAACUAUUGUGCUGUGUAUUUAGUCGUAUUAUGUUCAGGUACCGUGGUCAAGUAGGAAAAGUUCACAGUUUUACACACACCCUUUGCUGAAGUUUUAGAAAUGGUGAGUAAAUAGCAGUUUUAAAUUAUUGUUAGUAGUAUCUGUAAUGUAUUUUAAAUAUAGUGAAUAAAGCUGUUCAAUAUCCAAGAUGGCCUCUGAAAAGUUGUCAACAGGGUUAGGACAAACGAUCCACCAUUUUGAAAGUUUUGCGCGAAGGAAUUACGUAUUUGUAGGAGAGAAUACAUUGAUCGGUUUAGAUAGUGCACGGCUGCAGGGUUGAAGUUUAAAUGUUUAUAAAGUCAAUUUAUUUUCCUCCAGCUUAAUAAAUAAUGCUAAUAAAUCGCCUAAAUAUUUCCUUAAUUUCUUGUAAAGAGCCUGAUUUAUUAAUACGCACCGCUGUUGCCUAUUGUCCAAUAUGGCGCUUAAGUGUUAAAAGUUGGUCACUGCCAUACGCGAACACUACCCUGUGACGAGACGAUCAGUAGUUUAGUUACAAGUUUAAAGUCGCGCGGUUAUGACUACUCUCGACUGCUCUCAAGAAGUAGACUAUAUUUAUAAUUUCGUGUGUCGCACGGCGUAAAGCAAAAUGGAAACCUUACCUUGUUAAAACCGCGCAUUGACCCCGUGCAGUUGCUGAAGUGUCUGAGUGUUUUGCUCAGUCCUACCGGAGGCAUUAAGAGUGCAGCAGAAGUACAAAGGCUGGCAAGCCUGAUGACAAAAUUUUCUAAGAAACUAGUAAGCAAGUGUAUCUAUGUUCAGAUAUUGAAACAAACUGAAUCUGACUUGUUAAAGAUGUUCAUGACAUCAGGAGGAUGGAAUUUGAUACAUACAUGGCUAUCUGAUGCAGUUGUUGCGAAAAAUUGGCCGUUGAUAGAGCAGCUUCUAGAGUUACUAUUGAUGUGCCCUGUUGAUGUCGAACUAUUGAAAACAAACAGUUGUCCGAAACUUGUGAAGGGAUUGUCCAAGGAGAGCUUGAAUGACUGUGUGAAGCAGCUGGCCUGCAGGCUGGUGGAGCAGUGGUUGCGGAUGGUGAAGGGGGAGACGGGCAUCGGGGCCGUGCCGGCCGCCGCCGCCGCAGCUGUGCUGAGCUCUGCUCCAGCGGCAGAGGCCUCGCCUGCAUCUACCUCGCUGGGCCCUGUGUCGUCCACUGCUGCCCUGGAAGCCUUGCCGGCGGACACCGGGGCCGAGCCCGAGGCCAGCUCGAGCGAGCCCCCAGUGCUGGUCGCCGAGGAGUCACGGCAGGAAGUUGUGCAAGACGCCGUUGCAGAUGUUGCAGAUGUUGCCGAGGAUGGACUGGUAGACGUGAAGAGUGAAGCUUCAGAUGAGAAGGUCAUUGUGGAACCUUCUGUUGUUGAAUGCAAAGAGGAAGUGGAAGAGUCCAAAAAGCCAGAAGAUGACAGUGAGACCGUUGAAGAAAUAGUCGGCCACGAAGUGGAAGAUUUAGAUAGUGAGGUGAAGAAAGAAGAAACUGCUACCUCCGAGGACUCUGGGGAAGAGGUUGUCGGAUCGGAGGAUCUCGUGGGUCAGCUUCCCGUGUACAAGAUCACCAUACGAGAUGGGAAGCAAGUGCUAGCCAAGGUUCAUAGUGGAGAAAAGCCACAGAAGAGUGUGGUGACGCCGGUCGCAGUUGAUUCGGAGGAGGAAAUGCCGUCAGUGAAGCCUGAUGCUAUCGUCUCUCUGAAAAAGCUUGAUCUAACCACAGACGUAGAGGAAUCUGUGCCAAAGAAAAAAUUUGAGCAGACUAAAGUUACUCGUUCUCAGAAAUCUCUGGCAAAAAUUGACAGGUCUGAAAGUGUCUCUUCGGAAGACGAUAGUGUAAAACCAAGCAAGUCUCGCAAAAAGUCUAAGGAGCAGAAGAAAUUGGAAAAGAACAUUGAGAAGUCAAAAACAAAAGCUGCUCCUAAAGCAAAAGACAUUAGCCCUAAAGGGAAACCUAUGACUAGAAAAGAGAAGAUUGCAGAGCAGUUUAAAAUGAGAGAAAAAGAAAAGAAAAAGGAAAGAGAGAAAAAUGAGCAAAAGUACUACAGUGGUAGUGACUUGGAUGAAAAAGACAAAGCUCUGUUGGCCAAGUUGAUACCGCCUGCUAUUAGCAAACUAGGUAAAAUUCCAAAGAAAAAGAAACCUGAAGAAAUUGAGAAAAAUGAUACAAAGAAGCCUGAAGAUAUGAAAAAAGCUUCUGAGAAGAAGCCUGAGGAAUCUAAGAAAGCUUCUGAGAAGAAGCCCGAGGAAUCUAAGAAAGCUCCCGAGAGGAAGCCUGAGGAAUUAAAGAAAGCUCCCGAGAAGAAGCCAGAAGAAACUAAGAAAAUCAACGAGAAGAAGUUGCCGCCACCACCGCCGCCACCUUCAGAACCGAAGAAGACUGCAUCCAUUUCUAUCGAAGUCCGGAAGCCAUCGACUGCUCCUCGGCCGAAGACCGUGAAGACGUACCACUCCAAGUUUCGGUCCACGGGGCUGGAGGAGGAGUUGAAGCCGCCGGUUCCUCGUGCCGCUGUGGCUGUGAAGAAGCCGGUUCCUGUUCCUCUCUUGGAGAAGAAACCGCCAGUGAAGCGACCGUCGCCUACAAGAGAUGUGCCAGUCGAGAAGAAACUGAAAAUAGAUAUCACUCCAGAGAAGGAGAAAGUUGGUGGCGCUAAGCUUAUCCCUCCUAGACCAAAACCAGCCUUCCUGCAGGAGAGCGACAUGUUCAUGGACGCGCUGACGGCGUCGUCGCGGAAGGAGCCGCGCAAGAGGAAGCGCCGUGCCAGCAGCUCGGGCAAGGAGGGGCCGGACGCCAAGAAGGACGCGGCCGGCAAGGAGGACGAAGGGAAGGCCACCACGCCCCCGGGGUCUCCGGGCGAGGACGCCUCCAAGUCUCCGUCCAGCGUCAAGCCUGCCUUUAAGUUCUACCAGGACACGCUGGAGGUGGACGACGACAAAGACACGGAGACGAAGGUGUCCAAGGACCAGGAGAGCAACGACUCGGGGGAGAGUGACGAGAACAACAAGAGCCAGGAGUCCCUGGACGCAGACGAGGCGCUGGAGGAAGCGGUGAGCGCGGCCGUGAGGGACGACACGGUCACCUCCACCAGCGAGCUGGAGGACAGCGGCGCGCCCCGGGCGUGCAAGGGUGUGCUGGUGUACCACAAGGUGCACAAGGGCCCCAAGAAGUCUGUCCACUGGAAGCCCGAGAAGGAGCUCAUAGACGUGCAGUUCUUCGAGCUCGAUGAGACCGAGAGAGUGAACGUGACCAAGACCUUCACGGACAUGAAGCAGAUGGAGCGCACGCACGAGCGAGAGGCGUUCCUGCUGGCCCGCAAGCUGCCCCAGGACGACACGAUGGAGGAGAAGACCCCGUGGCGGCCGCCCGUGCCCAUCGACCUGCCCCCGAGCGUGGUGGAGCCGGGCAUGAACAGUCGCGAGAAGGACGUGCAGUACGCGCGCGAGAAGACCGUGCUGCGCGCCCUCUACUUCAACAACUCCUUGAUCCCCGACUCGCCCGCGGAGCCCGACCUGGAGAUACACGCGACCACGGACCCCGUGGUGAUCCCGCUGGAGGACGCGUCGGGCGGGCAGGAGAGCGUGAACGACUUCACGGGCCAGGCGUGGCCCGAGCCCAAGCCCCUGCUGCCGCCGUCGCCCCCUCACACGCCGCAGUACCGCGCUCCCGUGCCGCAGCCCCUGCUGGGGCCGCCCCUGCCCGUCGCCUCGCCCCAGCACCAGCCCCAGUUCCCGCCCUACCAGCAGUUCCCCGUGCAGCCGGGCGUCAUGUUCCCCGGCCAGGGCAUGCCCAUGAUGGGCCCCACACCUCCGCCCAUGAUGGGCGGCAUGCCCAUGAUGCAGCAGCACCCGUCCAUGCCGCAGCCCGCCGGCGACUGGAGGACGGGCGACGGCAAGGUGGUCAACAUGAACGAGAUGCCCAUGGAGAUGUACAACCAAGGCGGUCCCGGCCCCGGCAUGCCCGGCCCCGGCCCAGGCAUGCCCGGCCCCGGGAUGCCCAUGGGCAUGGGCAUGGGCGGCAUGCCCGGCCAGGACAUGAACUACAACAUGAUGGGCGGCGAGAUGGGCGGCUUCCCGCAGCAGGGGUUCCCGAUGGGCGGCGGCCCGCCCAUGUUCCAGCCGCAGCCGCCCAUGCCGCCGCAGCAGCAGCAGUUCCCGCCACGCGGCAACCCCAACAACCGGCGCGGCAUGCGCGGCAACCGGCGCGGCUGGGGCGUCCAGAACUGGCAAGGCAACCGCGGAAGGGGAGGCAACUGGGGUGUUGGAGGGGGCGCGGGUAACCCCCGCCCGUCCCUCUGCAAGCACUUCCGCAGCGGCUACUGUCGCACGGGAGACGACUGUCCCUUCCUCCACCCGGGCGUGAACGGCCCCCAGUUCUGAGCGAGACCCUGACUGGCGGCGGGCGACACGUUCUAGUGUCGCCUCCGCGCAUUCCUCCGAGGUCGACUAGAGACUUGGCAGCUUUGGGCCAUUUUCUUGGUGCUACCAUUUUAUUUUGUACUCAACAGUGUAAAUAUGGCUACAGCUUCAUUUCGUGAUACGUCUGCCUCGUUAUUUAUUGACACUUUAUGUACAUCAGAAGCAGUGAUGGGUUUUAUUUCGUACUUACUGGGUGUAAAUAUUCCUUCGAUAAGCUGACACUGUUUUCAAGAACAUAUCAGUUAUGUUGUGCACACAGUCAUUGUUCAUGUUUCCUUCGGUGUCUGUGAGGAACAAAACCAUGAGCCUGGUGUUCUGUCUGUGUGUUUUAAUGCAGGGUUACAAAGAGGACUUUCUGUGCAGCAGAUUUGAAUUAAUAAAAUCAAAUUUACUUGGCCUGAAAAGGAGAGCAGUGUUAAUUUUACUUGCUGGCAUGAGAAAGAAAACCCAAUAUUUUUUAAAUAUAAAGUUGUGAUCAAUAACAAUUUUCAAGAAGAUGAACAUUGUCACAUGACUGCAGUUUCACUGUGUAGAUAAAAUAAAAUGUUUAUUAUCGUUAAAAUCUGUAAUUUUGUUGUGUGAGUGCAGUGCAAAUUUAGCAUUUUUUUUAUUCUCUAAAAGGCUGAGGUUCAACCAACUUAAUAUAAUAAAUUAUGAAAGUACAAAUUAUGUUUUAAGUGAAUAUAGUUUCUGAGAGAUGGAAUUGUUUUGGGAACAUUCUUCCCAGUUACUAUACACAUGAUUGCAUUUGUCAGAUGCUUGUGAUAUUCACAACGCAAAUGACAUCAUUAGUGUACAGUGUACAUAUUGUAAAUAGUAGUCAGUUUUGUGUAGCUGUUUUCCUGUGAUUUGUUAAAGCAAUGUAAGUAAAAAGUGGUUUAUAUAUUAUAUGUGUUACUCAAGAGGGGAGUAUUUUUUAUUUGGAUAUUUAUACUUGUGAUUGUUACCAUUUUUACAAAGAUUAAAAGAAAUUACAAAUAA